CAAAACUUUCGGGAGAGAGCCGAUUCGGAACACGACGAAACGGACCGAACCUCGGAUCCCGCGGUCCCUACUGUGACCCUCGCACACCGUUCUGGCGGCCGCUCGUUUUACUGUCGUCGGGGUUCACAUCACGGCGACUUCUCCUUCCACAGAGGCUGUGGACUUGUGCAGCAUACAGUCGAGAAGCUGAGGUUUCCUUGUUCGAGUGAGCGCUCGAGAGGGUUUCCGAGGCAACCAUUGUGUGACCCAUGGUGGCGGGCGACGUAGACAACGGGGGACCCGAAUGACCAGCUAUACGAGCCCUUGUUUUCUUUGACACGUCGUCCGUUCUAACUACUUGUGUCUGUGUUCGCGUUAAAGAUCCGUUUUAUAAUGGGGACUCGAAAGGACCCGACGUUCUUCGAUGUGGCCGCGGGAUCUGUAGCUCUCAGUAUCCGCUCGCGGUGACACAGUUCGCGGGCCUCUCGUUAUUGCUGUCUUCCUCUCGUUCCUACACAGGUGUCUCUCCGUCUCCGCUUUCGAGUGAACUUCCCGGUUCAAAUAUUGGCUGCGCCUUCUCCGUGGGGGGGAUCUGUCCGUGUGGACACUUUCGUUUCUUCCGCGCUUUCGGUGGUUUUGCACAUGCCAUCGAAACCCCCCUAGUCACAACGAUGCAUCCGCUCUAGAAAUUUUCCCACCCCGGUCUUAUUCGCGUUUCGCUCUGGGCCCAUCCUCAGCAAUCUCUGGCUUCAGAGACAGCAAACGUGUUUGGCUCUCGGCAUCUCCGGGUAGGCUGCGCGGGACUAGUCAUGUCUCGCAUCGUUCUGUCUACCCUGUGUCGCCCUCGUCUCCCAUGCUUCUUUUUUCCACUCCCGCGGAUUCCCCAGUCUGCCGGGAGGCCCCAUUUCGUGGCGACGGCUUUCUCACACGCACUUCGGCGCAAUUUUGACUUCCUCUUCGAGUGCUCUACUUCGACGGCGGCUCACUCUCGCAGGCUGCGAAUAUGGGCGCUGUUCUCUGCCCUGUGACAUCCAGGGAGUGGGUUGGCUAUGGCCAGCAACUAUGCUUCGCUUUACCUGAGAACUUCGUCACUUCGUGUUUUAGCGGACACUGAGUCGUCAGAGCCUGCGGACUCUCCACGCGCUGCCCGGAAGAUGCCGCCAACAAGCGAGGUAGACCCCCCCAACGAAAGCGUCAUGAGCGCUUGCGCUCGGAAGCAGUCUUGUAGGGGAGCAGCCGAAUCAAGUCGCAAAGACGCCCGAUGCUUCAAAGAGGACGAACCUCUGUUUCACCCAGGUGCCCUUCCAGUCACUUCGGGACGUCGGAAGAGUGCGUCCGAGUGCAGUGGAGCGCCGAAGACCACAGUUUCAGAGGGAGAAACCCCCGCAAAAGACGUUACGCGCGGGAAAGCCGCGAAGGGUAGGGGCGAAGACGAUGCGACGCGACGGAUAGGGGACGUCGGACACGAUCUCGAAGCCCCUGGGAAGGAGUCCAACGUGGUCACGAGCGUCGGAAGAGAUGACGGCUGGCAACCUCUCACAGGGACGGGCGAAAGCCAGCCGUCAGCAGCUCGAAUUCAACCUUCCACUUCGGCUCCCAGCAUCUCAUCUGUCUUCCCAAGUGGUGAAAGAGAGCGUGAAGACCUCCCGGACGUAAACGCCCCUGGAGAUGAAAGGCUGCCAGAACAUCGGCGUCCGAGUGUAGGAGACAGAGAGGCGUUGGACCUGGGCGCAAUCGAAGGAAGCUAUUCUUUUGACACUGACAAGAAGGUGCAAGAAGCCGGCAAAGACGACGCUGCGCUAUGCAGAGCUGGCAACAGUGAUGACGAGAACAACGGUACGAGUACGAACUGUGCGUCUCACGAGUAUGACAACGAUUCGUCCAAUGGGUUCUGCGCCGGGACCACAACAGAGAUGAUGUCUUCUCCUGACACCACUCGCACCACCAUCAAAGACCGCGGCACUUCUCCAGGAGAGACGGCCUAUGGCGAGGAUGCAAUGCGCAUCCUUCUGAACAUGCAUGCUGAUAUCCUCGAUCGCCUGAAACAGGAAGAGCAGGGACUCACUGAGGAAGUCGCCACUGGGUACCUGGGCCAGCUUGCUAGCGGCAUUUGGAAUGCGCAGCGACGGAUCCCUUCUUUCGGCCCAGGAAAGACAGGCAGGGACCUCGAGGACGACGGACUCAACAAAGUGCUGGUGCUGAUGCAUCGGCUGGACACUGCUGACACCUUGCCUUCGAAGUCCCUGUCAUUUUCGCUGGACGCACCUUCCCCGUUCUACGAGUCCUUGCUGGCGACAGCCGCCUACCUCAAUGACAAUGGAUCGCAACCACCCGAUUCGUCUUUCUUUGCUUUCUCACCUCCGCGCCCUGCACUCGCCCCGCCCCCGCCGGCUGCUUCGUCCUACUUGCUGUCGAUGUCACUUCAAGACUGCAUCGCGCUUCCGCGGGCUAGCGUUUCUCUUCUUUCAUCUCUGCUCUUGCAGCUGGACGUGUCACAGUUGUGCGCUCCCGAGAAUAGACUGAAGCGUGCGCUGACCAUGCAGCUUCUCCAAAAAUUUCUGGGCGUCCACAAAAUAGGCAAAUGUAUCCACUCAGCCAUGGUUGCUGCAGUGAGCCGGCAGGCCGUGUGCUCCUUCGGAGAUAUCGAUUCGGAAUGGAAAUCUGUCACGAAAUAUGAGAACGCUCAUGCAGCAAAAUCUGCGGUGGCCUCCAAUACCGGAGCGGAUACGAGUCAGACAGACCAGCUCGCAGACGAAGAGAAUGAGGAUGUCGACGCCUUCUCGAGAAAGCCAAGCGACAGUCUGACAACGUAUUUUCCCUCGUCGAGAAGGGCGUCAGCCACAACAAAGUUGGAGGAUGAAAACGGACGGAAAAACCCAAACCAGUCGUGUGACGCAAACACAGGCGAAAGUCUGAGCCACUUGCUGCUUUUUUCGGCAUACGAAGAAGAGGCUAUUGAUAAUCUUCUCUCACGACUUCUUGGUCGCGUGCCUGCGGGGUCGACGGCUCCGCCUGCAGCUCCGUCACCGUCCUUUUACUCUUCGUUUUCAUCUCUGUCGCUUUCCGGAAAUAAUUCCUCGCCGUCUUCUCUGUCGUCCCUUUUCUCCGAUUCGGUGUCCGCAUCCUUAACCAGUAACGCGCCGCGAUUGUCUUCCUCCAGCACACAAGCAGCGAGCUGUGAUGUCGGAGCGGACGGUUCGGACACGUUCGUGGAUCGACGCUCCUCUUCAGGUUGUCUCUCUCCGACUCCUCCGGAGGCAGCGAUGGAUCGCUUCCGCGCUUCUGAGGAGCCGGAGUUUUCGCUGUUUCUUCCCUACAUGCAUCAAUGCAGUUCGACGCAUCCGGCGAAGCAACAGAUGCUGGAAACCGAGACAUCUGCAGAGUUCGCCCUCGACAGCGAGGAGAAAGGCCUGCCCCUUCUGUGUGGUGCAGACACGUCCACCGUGUCCACCGAUCGUAUCAGGGGGCGACAAGAAGGCGCCGCUGCAAUUCACUUUUUCGGCAGGUCUGACAUCGAUAGGAAAGCACCGGCUGUGAAGGACUCGGGGGCUUUCCAGCAGACAGAGACAGACAACACCCGAGCGGCAUCGAAGACUGCUGAUCAUCUGCUCGGGAUGUAUGCUUCGGCCGGUGCUCAGUGGUUGUUUCCAGCUGAAACACCCGUCACAGGAGAAGAGGUGGUCCGCGGAGACACGCGGGCUCUCGCGGGUUGCGCCCGCACAGAUUCCGCCGAGAGUGUUGGCGACAAACCGGUUGCUUCCCGAGACUCGCAUUUGAAGACACACGAAUUGCAGACGUUCUCUUUCCUGCACCCGGACAAGGAUCAGGCGCUUUUGGAUGACGGCGGAGAGGCGUCGAAGAGGCUGGAGGAGACGGUCCAUCUGGUGCUUGGCGACGAAGGCGCGGAGAGUGCCUCACUAGCAAGUCUGGCCCUUCAAGGCUCUGCAGUACCCGUAGAUGCUCCUCGAACGUGUUUAGGAUCGGGACAGCAAGCAGCCGUCUUGCUGGCUGAAAUCUUUGGAGACAGUCGCGGUUGUCGCGAAUCGAUUGCCUCGCCUGUCGAUAACGAAAAUGCUUCAUUCGAAAUCCGAGAGGACGGGCAGGUAGCGGUGGACAAGCCUUUGGCGGCAAGGGCGACUGGCACGACUGCGCCGGAUGAGGAGGACCGAAGGCGGGAACUGAGUCUGAAUGAGCGCCUGAGGGUUCUGUUUUUGACGAGUGAGAAGGGCUCAGACAAGUUGCUCUCGCACGGUGUCUGUCCCACAGUGUCGCAGCGUGAUAUCUCGAGGCCUCAGCAGACGGAGGCAACCGGGACGCAUGCAGCCGUCAGCGAUAUCUGGCGGACUCUCCAGGGCUCUCUGACUGCGGACAAGCAGGAAGGUUUACUGCCCGAUCUAGGAGCACUGGGUGGGACACUGCGGUCGGUUUCUGCCAGCAAAGGUACAGGACUAGCGGAGGCGCAGGCGGUCCGACAGAAGCUUCUAUUUCUCCUUGGAGGUUGUCAGCGGAGUGUAACGGACUCCGCCGCUGGCCACUUGUCGACGCUCGCGCCCUCGGGCCUUCUCGCGUUCUUCAGCCAGACGCGCGGUUCGCAGCAGAAUCGGAAAGGCCUCUGGGACAGGUCAUCGCCCGUGACCGCAUCCGUCCAACAGCAGCUCCUUCGCUUGGAGGCCCAGGGGCCCUGCAGCGCCAGUGCUGAAGGUUUUCUCCGCCGCCUCAGAGAUCGGAUGGCAUCGGGAACUGCGGGGAGCCAAGUCGGCGGUCAUGAUGAUCGGGAAGAUGCGAACUCCGGUUUCCCGACAGCCGGUAGCACAGAUCAAGAUGCUGUGUGGUUGACUGAAUCGCGGGCUGGCCUUCCCUCUUCAGCGACGUUUGCCUGCUCCACGUCUGGCGUCGGUAGCGCCGAGGAGUCCUCUCCCUGCGGUAGUGCACAGGCCGGACAGGCAUGCGGCGAGGGAGGUCUUAGAGCGGGAAGCCCGACAGCAGACGUGACGUAUUCGCAGCGGAAUGCAACCCAGCGAUGGGCAACGCAAGCGAGCACCAACGCUGAAGACGACACGUGGAAGAAGAAUAGCACCCCGCUUUCAGCGCACGCAGACUCACUGAAGUCAGAAGCCGACGUUGGAUUCGCCGUUCUUGGCGGUCGGGUGCCGGCCGGGAACGGCACUUCCGGAACUGGACUGAAGCCUCAGGAAUGGCUGCAGGAAGGAAAAUGCAAGGGGGAGUCUUCCCGACAAUUUGACCAGCAAUCGGAGGACCCGAAGCUGGAAACACAGGCGAGAAAGAAUGGUAAACCAGCCACUCGUUCCUGCUGUCCCGACAAACUGGGGACACGCCGGGCGGGGACGCAGUGCACCAGGCGUCGCACCACGAUCAGCAGUGACAUCGCCGCAGGGGUUUUCCCGAUCGGUGGGGAAGAGACUGGGGAUGCGUCCAUGUCCACUUCGGGCACAGGGACAGUUGAUCAGCUUCCAGGAGAUGGGGGGAAAGUCAGCGCCGAGGGUGCGCCAGAGGCGGAGCCCUCGGUCUCUGUGAAACUUUACGAGGCGAACGAGAAGGCUCCAUUCUCCGUGGCGGCGGGGUAUCUGAACGAGUCACGGCCUGUGAAACGGGGCAGCGCCAACUGCGGUGAAGCGGCUAACUUAGUUAACAAGGAUGGAGGUGACCUUGCAGCGCGCUGUCUGCCUCAAACGCCUUCCCCGGACGCGUCGAACCCAUCCAGUGUAGCUGAGAAACAGACAGAGAUUCUAAACGAGUCUGGUGUGUGGGAAUCAAGGAAGGAGAGGGUGGCGUCGUCCAAGAACCCUGCAGGGGGCGAGAAAACCGAGGCCGAAAGAGAAAAGGAAGCAGAGACCUGCCGAAGCUCCGAUGGUAGCGGGCACAUCAAUGGUAUCGGCAAGCCCAAACGAUCGAGUCUAUGUGGAGACACGGCCGCGGCAGGAGGUGACAAAGGAAGCAGAAAAAGUAGGGAAUGCAAGCUGAAGGUCGCAGGCGCCUCAGGCGCCAGUCGUGAGCCUGGAGAAGAGGAUGAGGAAAGCGCCGGGAAGGACAACACAAAAGCGGAACAAACAGAUAAAACCAAGGAGCUGUCCGACGUCUCAGCGAACCGGCUCAGGGGGCACUUGCGGCCUGCAUGCUGCUACUUCAUGCGCUCAAUGUGCGAGUUCUCCAGCGCGUGUGUCUUCUGGCAUCCGCCCGCGUCGGAGAACCCCGAGAAGAUCGUCUGCAAAUAUGGACGAGUCUGCCACGCAAAUCACGGUCGCCAGGUGACCGACCGCGAGAUGGCGAGUAUUCUGUACGAUUUCGCAAAGUCCCUUUCCUCUCUUGCUGACGGCGAGAUGGGGCGGGCAAUCCACUAUCUGCGCGCUUCUCGCCUCUACAACCUCGUUGCUGCUGCCGGCGGUGGCACCAACGGUGCGAAGGGAGCGAUCUCGGAGAAUGCUUCAUCCAGUUCGACGGGGAGCGGCGGCGACGCCAGCGCGGUUACUGUUCCGGGCGACGAGCUCGACGAAGGCGCAUUGGCUGUCCGAGAGGGCAAGAGAAAAGCCAGCCCCAUCUCGAGCGCUGGAGCAGCAUCAAGCGGUCGAUCAGGCGCAGCCUCCAAAGCAAACCAGGGUGCCCGCGAGUCGAAGAAUUCAGAAGGCACGGCCGCUUCAGGAUCUGCGAGUGGCCGGCAACUCCCCAACCAGGUUAUCGACCGGUUUUUCGGUUUGGCGGACCGUGUUCAAGGUCGAGAUCUGUCUGCGGUUAACACGGCGUGGCGACAAGCCUACGGGGAGCACUUCCCGUAUGCAAGGUACGGUUUCGAGAAACUGCGCCACGCGUUAUCGGGCAUCCCUGGCGUCACUCUCGUUCUCCAGGACAGCAACGUGAUGGUCUCCAUCGAUGAAUGCCGCUUGAGGCGGUCCGGAGGGACAUGCGCCGAUGCAGCCGCUGCGUCGCCGGCCCCAUGCACGACACAGCGAGCCUCGGCAGGGUCCGAAAGUGGGCCAAAGAAGAUGUGUAGGGACUCAGGAGCCCGGGCAGAGCAAGGCAAAUCUUCGCAACCCCUGGCUUCGAAAGCUGAUAAAACCGCUCCGGACAACGCGUGGAUUAUGGUGCAGUAUAGCGCCGCCACCACAAGGGCGACUCGCCUAGGCAACGGGCGUAGGCCGAGCGGAACUGAGGGUGGGACCCCCAUGGGCUCGCCAUCUACUGCUGGCAACGCUGUUACACGAAGCCAGGCCAAGAGCCUCGCGGACGGGGAAGACAAAGGCAGGAGCGUUUCAGAGGAAGGCAAAGACAUGGAGACGCGUACGCAGGGCCCAGGAAGUGGCAAAAGCUGGGGCAGAGGAGCUCGGCCCCCAGAAGAAUCGAAGCGACGCACGACCACAAGAUGCCGAAGUACCCAAGCAGGGGAGAAGAGCCGACUGCCUGCGGAAGAACUUCCACCGCUCGUGUUGAAGGUGGCCCGCGAGCAGGUCGUCGGCGACCUUUGCUCUGCCUCUCUGCUAUGCAGCGCAUGCGGACUCCUUCUUUUAAACCCUCUCGUUCACCCAAGGUGUGGGCAUAUGCUAUGUCGGGACUGUUUAGUGAUUCUCUCGGCCACGCACUUCCACUCUGUCCACCGCAUCAACUUCAAGAACGUCGCGCCUGUUGAGCGUCGCCACGAUGCUGCAGCGUCGCCGUCUCUCGCCCACGUGACCUCUGCUCUUCUGCAUAUGUUUCCGUCUCCUGCGUCGCUUCCGCUUUCGGCCCAAAGUCCGUCUGCCCCCUCCUUCUGCCCAAGAUGCACGUACGGGGAGGCAGCACCGGCGACGAACUUGAAAGAGGCUUCCCGCCUUCCGGGGGCAUCUGCGGCAGCGGCGCUGCGUGCUAAUGGAGCGAGUUCCGGUUCUGGAUCUGGAGGAUGUAGUUCUCAACUGCUGCCUGCUCACGCACAUCUCCCUCGAAUGCUGAAGCCUCAACAGACUUGCCCGCUUGGCGAGUUCUUGUCAGCCGUUGCGACUGAGAAGGGGGUGCCUGCUCUACUCGGCCGGGUGCUAAGCAAGGUGCGAGUGCGGUGCUCUGCUGGCAAAACCAUCCAGGUUUCUGGCGCGGAUGCAAUUGCGGCACAAGCCGGCGAGUCAAGAGAAGCCAAGGUCGGCGUUGAUGCUUGGGGGCAACCGCACGAGACUGAAGUGCAGAAACCUUCAGAUCCCGGAUUUGGAAACGGAGUCGAUGGAAGAAACAGGGAGAGGGCUUCCGUUGCGACGUUACGGGAUGCGCUUUGCAGCAAACACCGCGUAGCCACGCCUUCAGAAGGAGGCUGCAAGUGGGACGGGGAUUACGCAGGUUAUCUGGAACACAUCAAACGCCCUGGUGAGUGUGGAAGACUCUACUGGGGUGGGACGGAUGUUCAGACAGACGAACCGCGUUUGGCGGAAGGAGGAAAACCUCCAAAAUCCAGUCGAAACGGAGACACCCGGUUUCGGCACUAGUAGCGGCCGCCGAGGCGGCAAACGGCAUUCCAACUUCGCCGGGUAACAUCGCUUCGGAAGAAGUCAAACAGGACCGGCUCACAGGGAGUACCACAAGAUGUACAGCACGCAACGGUCGCGCCCAGUGACUCAAAGACUUUCUGGGUAGGAGUGGUGGACCCUUUUGCUGUAGAUGUUGCAGGGGCGGCUCAAAAAAAGGUUUCCCUGUGCUCUUGCAUGGAUCUGAUUGUAUGGAGAUGUGGUCGGUAGAGGAAGUAAAGAAAAGCGUUAGUUGAAAAAUCGACUUCCGAACCACCAACCAAUAUAGAUUGGUACAAAGAAGUUACCAUAUCCUCCGUAAAAGGCCGGCCCACCAGAAAGGGAUUUAAGCCAUGCAUAGCGUGCAGGGUUCGGGGAUAAAUAGGGUGGGUAGUGGUAGGGGAACUAGAUCUCGCAUAGGGUCAUUCCUGGUUUUACAAUUCCAACUGCGAGGUAGACUGUUAAAAUCAUGUGUAGAGCAGUAUGCUUUAAUAAAAUGCUAUUUCGUGGAAGAUUUUGAAGGACUUUUGUUGUUGCGGCUUGCAUGCGUCUGGAAACCUGAGCUGCAAGGAAGGAGUUUUGGACAGCUCCGAAGGGGGGAACCUGACAGCGACUUGGAGAGUCGAAAGAACGAAGAGUGGUGACGCAGGGAAUCCGGGGAAGCAACUCACCACAACUUUUCCACACGGGGUACAAGGUAGUGCCUCCUACGGAGUGGUAGGGGUAGAGACACAGGGGCAAUGCAGUGAUUCAAAUCUGUGUAUUCUGGUGUUGUGCCUGAUUCGGAUGGUGAGCAGCAGAAAAUAAGGUUCUCCCUGGCCCCGUUGCAGGGUAAGGAGACUCAGGAUAGAUUUUUAGUCAAGUUAUCUUCUGUGGCUGAGAUUGUGUUUUGUACGUAUCUACAACUUUGCACACUAGGGAGGGUAGCGAGCUGUCCAACUGGAUUCGGGGACAGGAAUGUGUGGACUUGGUGGGCCGAACGGGCGGUCUUCUAUCGCAGCUGAUAUCUUACAGCGACAAUCACGUGGCACUGUGUCAGCUGCUGUGGUUUUUAGCUCAGUGAAGCAAAUGGAGUUCAUGUUCAUCACCAGCCUGUUGUAAAUUGUGUCCGAAGGACACAAGAGAGGCAGCAGGCGGGUAGUCCGGUGUCGUGCGCCAGUAGAAAGGGCCGAAGGACCGUGUUUGCUGGGUAGUGUGAAACCAGCUGGUAGGCAGCUGGAGAGGUGUCAUGGGAAGGCACGCGGGGGAAUUGUUGGUUGUCGUGCUGCCAGGUCCUUAAAAUAACCCGGUCUGAAUAAGAUCACUAAAACAGCCAAAAAGCGCGUGGUCCUUUGCACCACAACUGGAGAGGGUGCAGGAGACAGUGCGGGGCUGUAGGAGCCACGCCGGCUUUGCACGGCUGGUAGGAUCCUGCUAUACGGUCGUUGUGGAGACCACCUGGAGUUCGGUGUCGUUCUCGCAGGCCAUAAAUUGGGUGUUUGUGAGUGCAUGGUGUGUGUAUGUUCACUGUGCACGGACAGCACUCACAAAAUGUGAUGUACCUCGUACUCUUUCAAGGAUAAAUGACGGGUCAAACGCUACGUUGUUUUCUACAGUUUCUUGCCCACGCACUGAUCCGUGUCAGUACUGUGGGGUGAGAACUGGACGGACUCAUCAGAGUGACUUGUUUAUCCGUAUGCUGGGAGGAAACUGACGUGCGGGUGUUUGCAGUGAAACUGAGGGUGCCUCUUCUGAGAUGUAUACGUUUUGGUUAUAUAGGCGGUGUAGCGGUGCCGUGUUUCGCACUGGAAAUGAGGUAUUUGGGAUGAGGGAGCUCAGGCACUUGCGGAAGCAAGCGCAAUGUAACUUUUGUUUGCAAUAGCGAUGCAAGAAACUUAGAGAUUCGAAAGGGUUGCACCGGUAAACCAAGCCUUGUUGUUCAGAGGAGCAGUGCCACGCGACUACCUCAUCUGCCGUUUGUCCGACUGCGGUAGGCAGAUGCUGAAAACGGAUCCGAAUUACGAUCCUCCUCAAUGCCGCAGCAGCCUCGAAAUGCAUUUCUGUCGAGCCAAGCUAUCCUGUUUGGAGUUCGUGAUGGCAUGCCUAAUGUUGAAGAUUGUGCCUUCAAUGUCCAGGGCAGGGCAUUGGAUUGGAUACCCAGGGAGCUGUGCUCCCAUUAAUAGGAAUCAUAAUAUAAGUUACCAGGCACACUACGAGUACGAUGGCACUGAUCAGAUUAGCAUCUGAGGAGUAGCUUUCUCUUGCUAGGGAGCUGAGGUAGUAAGAUCUACUAGCUGGUGCUUUAGCAGUGAACUCAAGAAAUCCACACGUGGAAGGUGAUACCGCAACGCCUAAAGCGACAGUUUAACCCAGUUGAGUGCAGGGUUACAGGCUGCCGCAAAGAUGUUCGUCCUCAUCGUUGCCAGCAAGGACAGUGCAAAAGAGUCCGAGGACCUCCUCAACGAGGAGAUAGUGAUGGCUUUUUCGCGAAUGACACAUUCUCAGGGACUUCCCUCACUUUCAAAGCAGUUUUUUCCCAAUUCCAAACAUAAAACUGCAACCCCUGCACAAGCCGCCUUUCCACCCUA